AUAACUGAGAGGAUAAAAAAUGCGACUAGUGUGAGUAAAUGAAAAAAGGUGGAGGGCAUCCAGCAAAACCCUACUCCAGAUCUGUAUAAAAACAAAAACGCUGGCUUUGAAACCCUAAUAAGCUUCAUCAAUCUCCGAACUCCGAAGCCCUUCAGCAACCAUGUCGAGGAGAAAGGUUAGGGAGCCAAAGGAGGAAAAUGUCACUCUUGGUCCAGCCGUUAGAGACGGUGAACAUGUUUUCGGCGUGGCUCGCAUCUUUGCCUCCUUCAACGACACCUUCAUCCAUGUCACUGAUUUGUCUGGGAGGGAAACCCUUGUUCGCAUCACUGGUGGGAUGAAAGUUAAAGCUGACAGAGAUGAAUCAUCUCCAUAUGCUGCUAUGCUUGCAGCACAGGAUGUUGCUGCCAGAUGUAAGGAACUGGGCAUAACUGCUCUUCAUAUCAGGCUCCGUGCCACUGGUGGAAACAAGACCAAAACACCUGGUCCUGGUGCUCAAUCAGCUCUUCGAGCCCUUGCACGUUCAGGAAUGAAAAUUGGUCGUAUAGAGGAUGUUACUCCCAUUCCUUCGGAUAGUACACGUAGAAAGAGUGGUAGAAGGGGUAGAAGACUUUAAACUUCGUAUGGUAUACGACUGGAGUUGCUAUAUUUUACUUUCGAUGCCAAAGAGAAUGGUGGCCUUUUGAUGCUCUUCAAGUUAAUAUCAGAACUCUUGCAUUUCUUGAGGUGUUAGAACAGAAUUUUAGUUGACUGCAUUAUUGUCAGAUUUUUGAAAGUUGAGUAUGUUGCUUCGUGGCUUGCAAAUGUGUUAAUCACUACUUUGAUAAAUUGCGCCCUAGGUUUGGUUGAUUAUUGUUUUUUAUAAUUCGCUUCUCUCUCUCGGCUACUUUUAAGCAAUGAAUGAAUUGGAAAUCUAAUCAUUGUUCGUCAAA